GCAUGGCAACCCUGUCAUGAUUUAUGCGAGGUUAACAAAACUAUAAAAGACAGAUAUGUGUAUAUUUUGGGAUUAAUUAAUAUAUGAAAUCCGGCUUGAAAGAACCCUGGUUAGAUCUCUACUUCUUGGUCAUAAAAUUCGAGAGGAUCUUUCAAUAAUAUGUCAUGUCUGACUUAAGGAGAAAUAUAUUACGUUUCCCUGGUAAACGGACAGGAAUCGUAAAGACCUCCAUGCAAAAUUUUUCACCAAUAAAAUGGUCAGAGUACUUCAGUGAAGAAGAAGGAAUUCAGACCACAGAUGGUGUUUUUCAUGUUUAUGGUAGAGGUACAGAUGGUCCUAUUUUAUUGUGUCUCCAUGGUGGUGGAUAUUCUGGGUUGACAUGGUCAUUAUUUGCUGCUGAAAUAGUGAAACUAAUAGACUGUCAAGUAAAGGCAGUUGAUUUAAGAGGUCAUGGGAAAACUACCACAUCCAAUGAUGCCGAUCUUUCUUUAGAAGUAAUGGCAAAUGAUGUUAUUGAAGUAGCCAAUAAAUUGUCUGAGAAAACUGGGCAGCCAAUUAUUUUAAUGGGUCACAGUAUGGGUGGAGCAAUAGCAGUUGAAACAGCUCGGAAAUUAGAUUCAAUUCUGGGACUUUGUGUUAUUGAUGUAGUUGAAGGAACCGCACUUGAUGCAUUAUCUUCUAUGCAAAGUAUUCUAAGAGGUAGGCCCUCACAUUUUAAAAGUCUCCCUCAUGCCAUACAGUGGUGUUACAAAGGUGGGCAAACUCAUAACUUAGAAGCUGCUAGAGUAUCUAUGCCAGGUCAAGUUCUUAAUACGAAGACAGGGAAAUUGGCAGCCGAUGAGUGUGACAAUGCGGGUUUGUCAACUGUAGACGAAUCACCUUCUCAUAGUGAUGAUUUAGUAGCAUCAUCAUAUACCAUUGCAGAAGUAGAGGAAGAGUUGGAAGAAAGUGAACAAUCUGAUAAGUGUACUGACUGUGGAAAACCCCCUCUCCCUAAAUCUCAAAAGACCAAUACUUUCAAAGAUCCAAAUAUCAUCAAACUAGAAGAUAAUGGAAUGAUCUUCAAAUGGAGAAUCGAUCUUAGCAAAACUGAAAAGUUUUGGACUGGAUGGUUUAAAGGCCUGUCACAAAAAUUUCUGGAUAUUCAUGCUCCUAAAUUGUUGCUUCUGGCUAAUAUUCAUGGACUUGAUACAGCUUUAACUGUUGGACAAAUGCAAGGAAAGUUUCAGAUGAGGGUAUUAGCGAAAUCUGGUCAUGCUAUACAUGAAGAUCAACCGCAAAAAGUAGCAGAGGUUUUAAGUGGAUAUGUAGUUAAGCAGAAACUAGCAACACCAAAGCCUGCAUUUGUUCAUCCAGAUUUACCUGAAUGUUGAUAUGUACUGUUCAUGGUAUUGACUAAUAAUGUGUUCUAUGAUUUCUAAUAAAUUCAAUUCUUCAAAAAUACAGUUUGGACAAUAAAAGAGUAUAUAUGUAUCAUCAACAAAAUAUAUUAUAAAACAAAUUUUGUUUUAUACCGUUCUUUUCUUCUUUGGUGAAAAAGGUAGACAACGUGUAAUUUUUGUGUUUAAUCAGAGAGGGUUCUUAUUUAGAUGAUAACUGAACAAAUGUGAGUUUUGAACAAUUUCUUUUAUUUUGAGAACUUUUGGCUUUAUUGUUUAUUGAGAAGUUUCUAUGGUUUCAAUUCUUUUAUGCCACACAAAUAGUUGUUUUCACAACAAAUGAACUUUUAUGCACUUCAUACUUCACAGUAAGUAAAUUUAAAAUUGUAAUUAUAAAGUUCAACUUCAAAUUGAGAAUGCCUCUGUAUAAUGUUCUGUAUACUAGAAAUUUUAAAUUGAUAGAAAAAAUGAAUAUAAAAUAUGUUUUUACCAAAUACUUAGUGUUGACUAACAAUAUGAAUUUGACCCAAAAUAUUAAUGGAAGCCUUCAACUAUUAGUGAAUUCCAAAAAUAAAUGCAAUUCUUCAUUAAAAAGUUUGGUUGUUCAGAGCUGUAGCUACAUUGUGUAAUUUUCAUUAGUUUGUGGACUUAUAUGGAUGCACAAAGUGAUAACACAUGUAUAUUCUUCUAUUGUCCCAAAGGUAUAUCAGAUGUAAGUACAAAAUUUGAAUAUUCAAGUUUUUCAAACAACACCUGACUUGGUUCACUUUUCCUUAUAUUAAGAUGAUUGCUUCUUCCAGAAAAAAAAAACUAGAAUUCAGUUCUGAUUUAUAUAGACCGCUUUUUUUAGCUGAUUGUAUUAUUGCUAUUUUGGAAAUGGUAGGACUUGGAAGGUUGGUUAAAUUAGAAAAAUGUUGCCUAUUUGCGGAACAAUAUAAAUUGUUUUUUCAGUAAGUUAUCAUCAAUGGUCAUUUUUGUAAUUAUUGCUUUGUUGUAAUUAUUGUAACAAAUUGCUUUAUUUCAUUUGUUGGCUAUACCACCUUCAUUUCAAAUAUUGUGAAAUAAGGCAGGGACACUUUUUUGUGCCAUUUCAUGUUCUUAUGAUCUAGUAUGAACCAAUUGUUCGAUGCAACAAUCUGUUCAUUGAAUUUCAUCAACUUUUUUUCAAUUUAUGGAAAUCUAGUUUUUUUCCAUCAAUUUUAAUAGCCACUGUUAUGAAACAUUCAGCUAUGUAUCAUAACAAAAAUAUUGGAAAUGAAAAAAAUCAAGGCUGGUAGGCCGUGGUAGAACCAAACAUUUUUUCUGCUAUGUCAAAGUUUUCGUCAUUGCCCAUACUUCAAAAUACUGUCUUCGUCCUCACAGUCAAUACUUACACCACUGAAGAUAUCUGCCUUGGUAGUAGAUUAAACAUUUGAUUACUUACUUUCGAUCAUUGUUCAACAACCCAGCUUUUGUUCUUUUUAAUCGUUACUCCUGUUGUGAAAGCCUGUAUUCAAUAUGUAUGUAUUCAAGUUAUACAAUUCUCUGUCAGAAAGAUGUAUAAAAAAAUUAGAGAUCAAUAUUCUUUGUUAUAGUAAACAAAAAUUGUUUGAAAAAUAAUUUUUAUAGAAAAUAAUGUACAUAUUUUGAUGUAAUUUCGUUUUGUUCAUCAGUAUUUUACAUAUUUUUCAAUAUGAAUUUUUCUCAAAUAGAUUAUUUGGAAAAUUUUAAAUAACGAAUUUUUAUAAUUUAGAAUAGACACGUCAAAAAUAUAACUAACAACUGUUUUGGAGUGAUAUUUGAUUUUUUAGAAGCAUUUGUUUUCUCAAUAGUAGGAUCAGCUAAAAACAACCCCUAUAUUAAAUUAUUUAUAGGAACAUAACUGUAAUUCAUUGGAAUUCAAUAAUAGGGAACACAUAUGGUA